AAAAGAAGAGAGGCAGCAAGGAAGACAAGCUUAAGAAGAAAAGAAGGAUAUAACACAGCAGAGGCAAAGAGAGAGCUUCAGAAACAGUUGGUGAGGUCUAUGUGUAGAAGAGAAUGCUAGAGAAGAGAUGAAUUGGUUCAGUAACACAGUGAUUGGCUUUCUGAAUCUCUUCACCCUUUUAGCUUCCAUACCCAUCAUAGGAGCAGGGCUAUGGAUGGCCAAAAGCAGCACCUCUUGUGAAUCCUUCUUGCAGACACCACUUAUGAUCAUAGGGUUCAUCAUUCUAGUGGUUUCCCUUGCAGGCUUCAUAGGUGCUUGCUUUAAUGUGCCAUGGGCUUUGUGGUUCUACUUGCUUGUGAUGUUGUUGCUUACUGCCACCUUAUUGGCCUUUACCAUCUUUGGCUUUGUGGUCACCAGCCAAGGUGGUGGUGUCAAAUUAUCUGGUCGGGUUUACAGAGAGUAUAGGCUUCAAGACUACUCUCCUUGGCUAAGGCAACGAGUACAGGACCCUCAUUACUGGAGUACUAUUAAGACUUGCGUCUUAGGUUCCAAGAUCUGUGCCAAACUUGCCUCCUGGACUCCCCUAGAUUAUCUAGAGAAGGACUUGACUCCUGUACAGUCUGGUUGCUGCAAGCCACCAACCUCAUGCACUUACGGGACGGCAACGAUGUUGGCACAAGAUGAAGACUGCUACAAGUGGAACAACAUGGCCAAUUUGCUUUGCUAUGAGUGCAACUCCUGCAAGGCUGGUGUACUGGAGGAUGUGAGGAAGGACUGGCAUAAGCUAUCAGUCCUUAAUGUAGUUAUGGUUGUGUUUCUGAUUUGCAUCUAUUCCAUUGGGUGUUGUGCUUAUCAGAACACCAAGAGAUCUCAGACUGACUAUCCGUAUGGAGAGAAUAGGAUGAAAAGAGUGAGACCCAGAUGGGACUAUUAUUGGAGGAGAUGGUGGCAAGGCCAAAGAGAAUUUCUUUAUUAGAUCUCUCUCUCUCUCUUCCUUCUGUGUUAAGUACUUUAAUAAGUUCAUGUCUAGUUUUGCUUUUACUUUGUAAAGAAGCUAGUUUUACUUUAUUUUAAAGUUCAAAAUCCAAACCAGAAGUGUUCUUCA